UCCUGUAGCUGUUUGUAAACUUUGUUGUGCUCUUUAUGCCGGCGCCACACAUAGCAAAAAUAUUUGAACACUUGUUUGAACUCAUGUGUGGCACGGGUAUUUGCGUAUUUGUACAAAGUUUAUUUAAAUGUUUGCGUAUUUUCCAUUCGGCAUCGGUUUUUCGACCAUACGUCAAAGCGUUCAAAGUUAUCGAGUUGCUUGAAGGAGAACCGAUUAUAUGGAAACCUAAAAGUAAAAGCUAUUAAAAUUGAAAUUUGUUCAGUGUCUGUAACUGUGUACAAAUGUGUGGCAAAGUCUUUGUACAAAUAUUUGUCUGUGUGUGAUGCCAGCAUUAUUAUUGCAACAUGAGUAUAACAUUUGAUGCUCCAAAGUGUCAAGUUCAGUAUGGUGAUUAGCAGUGUUUUGUAAUUCGAAGUUCUUGGUGGUGUUUCUAUAUUUAAGAAAUGCCUGAAGAAAAUCUCAAACCUGCUUUGCUGCUUGCAAUAAAACAAUUAGAGGAGCACGGCGGAGCCAUCAGUAAGAUUAAAAGUCAAAAUUACAACAAUAUUCAGAAAUAUUUUCAAAAUGAUAGUGGUGUGGAAUUUGACAGAACACUAUGUGAUAGAAUAUUAAAAGUAUGCAUUCGUGACCUGGAAGAAGAUUUGAAAUGGACGGCUGAUAUUGUUCAUACAAUAUCAGUUAUUCUGAAAAGAAUUCAGUCAGAAGAACACAAGGAACUACAAUACUUAUUGCCAUCUGCAUUAGGUAUUUUAAAUACCCUGAAUACCAUAAGUUUGUUAAAUAAUAUGACAACAUUGAGAAUAUUGUGUGUUAGCACAUUUGUAAUGUUUCCUAAUGACAUAUUAGAAUCUAUAGCCACUGAUCACCGUGAGGCACUGUUGGAAUUAUUUCAUGAUAAAAAUGUUCAAUGUCCAAAUGGACAAUCACAAAUAAAAUAUCGGAUAAUGAUGUGUCAAAUACUUCACAAGGUAAUCACAAUAUUGCCAAGUGACAAAAAGACAGAGUUUGUCAAGAGUGGAAUGAAUUUAUGGUUUUCAAAGGUCAUACCUGCAAUUGUUAGUUCUGCAUCAUGUUCAUCAGAUGACACACAUUUGUUAGAUCUACUGGAAACUUUAACUGAUGUACUUCUUACCCUUAAUUAUAUGGAAAAUCCACGAUGGAUAAAUAUUUUGGAAUGUAUUUGUAAUCCAAAUAAAUACCCUCAAAUAAUGAAGAGUCUCUUAGAAAAUGGAAGCACUCAGUGGCACAGAUUGUGGAUUGUGUUUAUAAGAUUACUGAACAAUCAAAUAACAAGGAAUACUAACAAUGUGGGAACACCCAUCAACUCUAUGCUGCCAGUGGUUGAAACCGCUUUUAAAAUGGAUGCAGCAAACAGAUGUAAAGCAUUCCAUUGUUGGAGUGUGCUCAUAAAUAUAUUCUCUAAAGAAACAAAUGAGCACUGCAUUAUGAAGAGGUUGAAACUACUAAUUAUACCAUUGAAACUAAACAAUGCCAAAGUAGAGGAGACAGCAAUAGCCAAAUUUGAGGCAUGGUGGCUUUUAAUAACAAAAUUCCGAACUAAAUUGGAUAAGGUUUUUGACUCUAUGUUGAUUGGGUUUCUUCAUUUUUGCUUUGGCAAACAUAACUCUAUUGUAAAAACGACAUUCAUUCCUGGUCAGUUGUCAAUGACUUUAAAGAAGAAGGGUGUCCAGGCAUUUGUUGAAAUAGUGGGACACAUUGACUGCGAGGGCUGCACUGAUGUGGCUAAAUUGAAAGAUCGGCUUAUUAAUACAAAAUAUUUAAUAGAUUUCUGGAAUGACUGGGCACACUCAUUAAAAACUGUAAUGAAAAUUGCUAUCUAUAACAACAAUAGACAACACAUUCUUUGUAUAUGGAAAUCAUUCUUGUGUGUUAUCGCUCAGUUACCAGAUAGUAAUGUCAAAAAAGGCGUUUUCAUUGAACUGCUGACAAUAAUGGCAACAACAUUACAGGACUGUAGAUGUGAAGACAUAUGCAAUGACAUUGUUUUUAAAGCAUUGGUACCUUCAUUAUUUAUAAAAGAUUUGAGAUUGGAAAAUAUAUUGAAAUCUAUUGAAGGUCAACAAAAAGGAGCAUUAUAUAAAGUUAUACUAAUAAUUGUAGAUCCAUCAUUGAAAAGUGUUUACCAAAGGCUUACUACACAAGACAUUAUCGCAAAAUUAAAACCAAUCACAGACUUCAUUUUAGAUGAGAUUUCAAAAUGGCCUGCAAAAAAUAGUCUUGACCAAAUUUUACAUGAUUUACCAUCUAAUGAUACAACAUUGGUGUUAUGGACUGCUAUUGCAGAAUCAAUAUGUAAUUGUGAAUAUGAAUUGUGUAUAAGAGAGUUGAGUUAUUUACUGCAAUGGCCCUUAAAGUCGUCAAAUAUGUUUACUGAUGUUCAAUAUGCUGCAAAAAUAUGGUAUAAACUAUAUGACUCGAAUUAUGUAACUUUAGAAAAGAUCAAUAUUGCAAAGCACAUUUCAGAAUUAUUACUGUCUUCUAAUAUAGUCAUGCAUUCAAGUAUAUAUUUCACCAUGUGUGCUGUAACUGCUAUUUUAAAAAAUGGACUUCCAAAAAGCAAUGGUAAUGCAUAUGAAAAGGAAGCUGGACUGUUGAAAACUUUACUAAAAAGAAUUGAUGGAUAUGAGAACAUUAAAGAAGUGUGUCCUAUGAUUAUCGACACUCUUGUAGUUAUGUUAAACCACGCGACAAAUAAUAUCAAUGAUAAUUUUGCGGAAACUACAUUGAUAUCUGUGAAGCUUAUAUUGAAAUUAGUUUCACCUGUUCUGACCAACCAGUCUGAUAUUAGAAACAUGGUUACUUUAAUCCGUUUGUUGUUAAAGUCAACUGAAUCAUUUUUUGAAGUUGAAUCAUACGCCAAAUUUCAUUCCAUCAUUUUUGAUCAACUAAAUCAAAAUUGUAAUAAUUUUGAUAAUCAACUGUUACUGAAAGAUGUUAUUCAGUCAUUACUAAAGAAAAAGCCAAUAAUAACAAAUGACAAUAAUCAAACAGUUUGUGAUUCUAUUGAUUUAACAUCUGAUAAUGUAGAAGAAAAUGAUGCAGAUUGUAAGUUUACAGCACCAAAUAUUAAAGAGGUUCCAAAGAAGGGCAAAAAAAAAGAAGCAAGCAUAGUAAAUACUGUAAUUGAAAAUGGUGAAGAGUUCGUUGUUGUAAAAUCAAAUUGGAAAUUUAAUCCUAGAAAAUUAACAGAAAAUCAGAAGGAAAAGUUGCAGAGAAAAAGAGAAGAUAUACCAGCUCUGUAUCAGGACUUAUCCCAAUCUCAGGACGAAUUUAAAAUGGCAGUGUGGAAAACUGACUCUCAAGAUAAUUCUACUACUAGCAAAUCUAGUAGUCGAUCCGUAAAUGAAGGGGUUGACACUUCAAACCUACUAAAGAAUACGAAUAGUGCUAAUUUAGUACCGAAAAUUAUGGAAAAUAUUUUGUCUGAAAAAAAUAAAAAGGAAGCUGAUAAGCAAUCUGAGCAAUGUAGUGAUAUAACAGCUAAAAAUAACUCUACAGAAUUACAGCCAAUUACACCAAAACAUAAGAAGACUCCUCGCAUGGCUCUCAAGGAUCGAGUGUUUAGAAAUGUGAGAAAUUUGAUUGAAAAAAGUGCUUCUUCUGGCAAUACUAAAGACCAGAACAGCAGCUGCAAUCAGAUUGAUGUUACAAAAACUCCAAUAUCAAAACCCAAGGAUGUUGGAAAUCUGGUAAACUCUGCGCCGUCAUUGUUGCUAUGUGACAGGCCGUCCCGUGUCAAAAGAAAACCUCGGAAAUUCGACGACUCUGAAAUAUUUGCUAUAAAGAAGAGAAGACAAUCACAAAGUGAUUCACAAACUUGUAAUGAAGAGCUAGAUAAUGUUCCCCAUACCAGUAUUGAAGAACCUGUUAUUACAAAUGAUGACCAGGGGCGCAUAGAAAAAGAGACAAUUUUAAUUGACACUUCCCUGAAACAGCAAGAAAAUUUAGAUGACGCAAAAGUAGUCGAAGAUAUUACUGCAUUAGGGGAUUACAAAAGUUCUAUAUUAGAUAUGGUCAAUAACUUAGAAACCAGUAUUUGUGUAGAAAAUAUCACAGCAGACAAUAAAACGACCACCAAUUUUGAAUCUCCAAAUACAGAUAGGCAUCAGAAUGAUAAUAUAGACAAUGAUAAAGAGAAAAUAGACCCAGAUAAAGAAAGUGUCACUAAAGAUACUACAAAUGCCUCUGACACGGUAUCGACGCCAAAAUAUAUCAAGAUAGCAGAAAAUAGCGAACAGACGCCAUCAGCUAAAAAGAGCAGUGUUAAAAAGUCUAGGAUUGAAAAGGAGCUAGCAAUUGACAUGGUUGAAGGACAUCCAUUUUUAAAUACACCAACCACAACUGAAAUGAGAAUAACUAGGAAAAAUACGGCAAGCCCCGUUAAUUCCCUUAGGAGAAAAAAAGUGUCUGAAAAAAUAAAUAAAACGAAAACUGAUACGAAAAUUACUACGGCUGAUAAAAAAGAAAAGCGCAAACUAGGAAUUAAGAACACAAAUGUAAACGACAUAGAUACUACGGAUGACAGAAGCAGUUCUCCAGAAGGUGUUUCUGUUUGUGAGGAGUCUUGCUCUGAAGAUAUCAUAGAAAGUUCUCAAGAUUCCACACUCACUACUAUAACUGUUAUAAAAAAGACACCUAAAAGACUGCCUGUCGUUACUAUUGAGAAAAUGCAAAUACCUGAGUCCAUCGAAGAAAGUAAUAAUGCUACCCAAAAUUUAAUAAAUGAUACCCAGUUAGAUGACUUUUCUGAAAAGAUUGAAACUACAUUAAAUAAUUCCAAAGUGAACGAAAAACCAUGUGAAAUUUUACAAAAUGAAAAAAAUAAAGAAAAAAUUGAACAGGGAACCGAUGAGAAAGAAUCUGUUUUUAAUAAUGUUAAAGAGACUCCAGAAAUUUGUGAAGAAAUUCGUUCAGAAAACUUACAAUCAAAAAUAAAUAUAUGCAGCAUAGUUGAAUCGGAUUCUUAUUUACAUGAAAGUAAGGAUGACACCGAACUACCACAAAAUAAAUUGUUGGCAGAAGAUAAAAAUGAGUCUGAACUAACAGAAAAUAUGGACACCGCCCCUAUUCUAGAACAAGACAUGUCUAAUGACGUUAUUGUCAUAAAUGAUGAUGAACAGCCUGUAAUGUCAGUGAGUAGCGAUGAAAAUAUAGUGGGUCCUCAAACACAGGAAUUAGCUGAAGCUGAUACGCAGUCAAAUCAGACUACAGAUAUAGAUGUCGAAAUAAAUGCUGAAAAUACUCAACAACCUUCUUUGCAACAACCAGACGAUGAUAACAUCGUCAAAGAAACUUAUUCAAACCAAAAUAAUAAUGAUAUAUCAGAUUUAGUGCUAAAAAAUGAUUUAUCAUCAAAUAUUGAAAAGACAAGUGAUGUAUCAUCUCCAUUAAAAGAUGACGCGCAAAGGAAACAGGAUUUCUUAGACAACACUAUCGAAAUAUCUCCAAUAAAAACAAUGAGUCCAGAUUUAGAGAAAAAGUCGCCAUCGCCAGAUAGAAGUGGUGAUUAUGUUGUUAUAAAAUUGUCAUCUCCUGUUCACAGUAAUGGAGAACCAUUUGAUAAAGGUUCUCCGGAAUUCUUUAGCGAAGAAAAGAUAUCUCCAGAUAAACGAGACCAGUCGCCGCCUAGAAAUGAAGUUGCCAUUAUUAAUACAAGCCCUAGUUCAUCAUUAUCACUUAAGAAAAAUAGACCUCAAGUACGAAGUGGGGGUCGAGCGGCGCAAAUGUUAGGGCUUUGCGUGCCUGAUAAAUUAAAUCCACUGAUAAAUUCAGAAAGAAUAGAGGUUGACGAUAAUCGGAAAAAUAGCCCAUCAAAUACUCCGGCAAGAAGAAACUUAAGAAUUUUAUAUAAUUCAGUAGGUGAUAAUUCCGAAAAUGCAGGUGAAAAUGAAGAAAACGAGAAUUUCCUAAAGUUAAAAAGAUCGUUGCCUACCGUUAACUCAAGUCCAUCUGGACCUAUAUUAAAGAGAAAACUUGCAGAAAUUACUGAUGACACUACAAUAUCGCCAGCAAAUAAAAGAAAAAGAGUCAGUUUUCAUGACCCCCCAGUAUCGACAACAAUAUCUGUGCAAAAAUACAUUGAGCCAUGCGGUGUACGUUCUCCCCAAAAUUCGGCGCAUAAAAAACAAGAAAGGCAAGCUCGCAUGCUCGCCAACCUGAAGUCACCAAAGAGGCUAGAUAAUUUGUUUAGUUUAGAUUCCGUUCUAACCAAGACAGUGGAGAGUUUCACUGAUGUUGAUAUCUCUCUAACUAACACUGAUGACUCUCAAAUGACGUCUCUGGAAGCCACUCCAGCAGUAGAAAUUGUAAAAACUAGCGAACUUAAUGACACAGAUCCAAUAUGUCCACAAUUGGUGGAUUGUAAGGACUCAAUUGACAAUAUUGCUGUUGAAUUAUCAUCACCUGCAAUGAAAAUGUUACUUAUAAAAGAGUUAGAGCGUAAAGUUGUAACCAUAGGUGAUUUAGCGAAGAUGACGGAACUUGAAGUAAACAGAUUGUGUAUAAAGGCACCUAAAGUCAAAGUUGCCAAAAAAGUUUUAAUGGAAUAUGCCUCUAAUAUUGAAAGCAACAUAACAGAUAAAGAUGUUGACAAAGAGGCACCGGAUGUUGAGAUUGCAGUGCCUGUUCAAGAUUCGCAGUCGGUUGACAGCGCUGUCCAGACCAAUGAACUGGUGACUGCUGACGCAGAUAUGCAGACUAGUGAUGUUCCAGUUUCCCUAGUUUCCACGCAAACUGAGAAGGCAACUACCUCAAGUGUUGGUGCUCAAACUGACGAAUCUGGCACCAAAACAACGGCAGAGAUUAUCCAACAGUGUAUAUCAGAGAAACCAGACUUCGUAAUGCAGCUUUCGGAGCAGUUACACGAAUGCUCCAUUCAACAAAUUGCAAAGAAACUAUCGUUUGGAGCUGCAAUUGACACGCUCAUGGCAAAAGUUAAUGAUACUAAUUCAAAGAUGGUUUUAGAUAGGUUAUUAGAUAACCAAUGUAUCCAAGAAUCAAAAGAGCAGAAUUAUACCAACCAGCUAGCGUUUUUGAGCGAUUAUUUACGUGAUAAGUUUGAAACAAAAGAUUUAAUUUUGUUCUGUAGUGAACUGUUGAAGAAAGUUUACAAUAAUUCAGCAUAGACUAUUUACACAUGUUUGUGUAGAUUUUUUACUCUAUUAAUGUAUUAAAUAAGGAUGUCUUGAUUUGGUAAUGAAGCGAUAAUUGGAGGUUUAAUAUAAAUCAAAUAUAGAUUCGUUUUUGAACAUUGCGUCAAGAUCAUUCCUGACUCCCAACAUUGUUAUCCAAUUAAGACUAUCUUUAAGUGCCUGAUGAUUAAAUGUUAGUAUAUGAUUAAUGUAAUAUAUUGUUAGUUUUUGUACUGAUUUCCAUUGCCAAAAUGUUAUGUGUACUGUUAGCAUCUUAAAUAUUGAUCUGUAAUUGAUUCUAAUGUAUAUUAAAGGUUUCCAUAAGAAAUAUAAACACCCAUGUAUAAUUAAAA